CUGCUAUGGCUUUCUUUAUAUUCAUUGCUGCUCUGUGUUUGUUAAAUACUGCAGGGUGUGGUAGUGUGGUUAAAAUAUUACUUCCAUAAAGUUUAAGUUGGUAAAGUUAUUUCACAAUAAAAUAAGCAAACUACUUGUGGGUAGACAUGGGGGGGGGUUCUCAAAUGGUAAUAAAGAGAAAUUAAAAGAGGCUUUACAUGUACAGCAUUUUUAAUCUAAGCUUCUUUACAGAAUGUUUUCCAGGAAACUUUUCAUGAAUCUUAAGGAUAAUAAACAGAGAAGAGAAAAGGAAUGAAGAGAGAAGGUUAAAACAAAACCUCUCAGCUGAGAUUUGACCUCAGAAGGAGAAUCCCGGAGGUGAAGCUAUUUCAGAGAAGAGGAAGUAAAAGAAGGCAGUGUCUGUGUGACAAGAAAACCACUUAACAAUGAAAAAAUUCACACUGUUUGAUUUUGUAAAUGAUAAUUCACUGCAAAUUGGAGAGACUUCAUGGAUACAAGACCUUCCCAGUGAUGACGACGAACUAGAAAGACUUCUGAAACCAAAUGAGCACGUGCUAGUAAACUGGCCUGUGGGAGAAAGAAAGACAGAAAGGCACCUGGUGAAAGUUGUGUACAUGAGUGAUGACCCCCAAGAGCUGGUGGAAAUGAUGCAAAAGAUAUUACGAGCAGAUGAAAUUACAAAAAUACAAGUCCUUGGAAAAGGCAAGAGGAAGAGGAUAGAAAUGAUAUUCUCAGAAAGCGAGGACAGUGACCUGGAUAAAGAAGAGGGGAAGAUGAUGAAGCAUAUAAAGAGGAAGAAAUCAUUGCAGGCAUCUGCUCCUGCCAACAUCCUGACUCAACUUGAAACAUCUUUAAUUAACAAACAGAGAGAACCUUAUUCAGGAAGCAACUUUCUGUACAGUGAAAGUAGCAGCGAGGAUGAAGAGCCUUUAUUUCAGCUGUCCAAGGUAGAACUGUGUGCCAAAAUAAAAGGUCUCAAGCGGAAGCUGACAGACACCAUGAGAGAAAACUGCCGCCUGAGGCAGGCCCUGGUGAUGCUUCAAGUGUUGCCCCAGGCAGUCACCCAUUUUGAGGAACUGGUAGGGAUGGCUGAAGCACUGCUCAAAGGGGGAGUGACAUCAUCUGCAUCCACUUUGCAUUCACAUGCUGUUUGGAAAGCAUCUAACAAUCCGUUAGCAGAUUCAUACGCAGCUAUGCACAGUAACUCCAGCUCACCAAUAACUUUGAAUAUGGAAGAUGAGGAGCAACAGACCGAAAAACAGUUCAAGAUCGAAAAAUGGCAGAUUGCACUUUGUAACAAGAGCAAACCUCAAAAGUUUAUAAAUGACUUGAUGCAAGCACUUUAUACACAUGAAUACAUGGCUACACACAGCCUCACAGGUGCAAAGUCCUCCUCUUCAAAGGAUAAAGCGGCAAAACCAGCUAUGAAUCAGAAUGAAGUUCAGGAGAUCAUAGGAAUCACAAAACAGUUGUUUCCAAACACAGAUGAUGCUUUAAUUAGACGAAUGAUGGGACAAAAACUGAACAAUUGCACCAAGAAGCCAAUUUUAAGCAAAGAUCUUAACUCAGGUGCUUUUCAGAGGCAUAGCUUUUGUGGUUCAGCAGCUGCUCCUCAGGGCAUCAUCUCUUCCGCUGUUCCUCCCAGUACACAAGACCAGCAGGAUGAUGAUUCACCAGCUGCUAAUGCACAAGUGCAGCAAAGUGACAGCCACCUGACUCCUCCACCUCCCAUCCCACAAGGUCAGGAGGACUGUUUCAAGCCCACUUCUUCUAAGGCGGAGUCCCAUCUCGCCAGCAGCUCACCAGCGCCCUCUCCCAACCAAGGUUGCAGGCAGGAUCUCAGGAAUUCAGACAAGGAAUAACAGAAGAUAUUUCAUACCAGUUCAAAUUCUCAACUGAGAUUAUAGAGUAGUAUAAAAUAAAAAGGAAAUAAAAUCUAAACGGGCCUAGCAACAGUGGACAGAGAUAAUGUAGGCAGAAGAGAAGCCUGAGAAGUAUUUUCUCAAACAAAUGAAAAUCCCACAACCUAGAAAGAAAAUAAAGGCAUAUUAAUAUCUUUGGCUUUAAGAUAUUAUUAAAUAUAUGCAUGUUAUGCGGUAAUUCAGAAAACAUAAACUUGCUCUGAAGAAUACAAGUAGAGUUCCCCUUAGUUAGAAAAAAACAUUAUUUAAAAUAAUGCCAAAAGAAUGUGUAAGAGGAACCGUAAUCCCCUUGCCUUCACCUUGACAGCUGAUGGAAAACUGCUUUUCUGAUCAGAGAAAGCUCUUGCAUCUUAAUAUUAAAAAGAUACAGAGAUAUAAAAAGAUAAUAGAAAAAUGUCCAAGUGAAAUGAACCCUAUGUAUGGCUAGCACAGGGUUAGAAAGCACAGGGCCACAUGAGCAGAGAAAUAAAAUAGAUCAUUAAGGAUGCUGUUAAACAUUCUUAGGGCAAUGAAACUGCAGCUCUCAAGAUGCUUGCAGGAAAGCAGCAGCUUAUUUUUAACCUCUGGAAGCUGGAAAGGUAAUGAAAGAAGCCAUGUUCCCUCAGCUCAGGGAAGAGUCCUCCAGGAUAGCCUGUUUGGUUGUGGAGGCUGGGGCUUCUCUCGCAGGCCUGCUGCUGCUGGAACUCUGCAGGUUUGGCAGCUCUCACUGUCCCUUCUUCCCUGAACAUCAGGUCCACAGGGUAAGGUUGCCCGACCCCUCCAGUCAGGAAAUGGAGGACAAUUUCUUGUGUGAAAGUGACUAGUGAAGGGCUGAGGUACCAGCUUCUACUCCCUGUGUUUCAAUGUUGGUAUGCUACCUCUUGCCUGGAGAGAGAGUGGAGCAUUCCCUCUGGGACUGGGACCAGAAAAAUCCCAGCAACUGCCAGUUCCUCUUGAGACCUGACACCACUUGUCCCAGGGAGCAGCUGGCAGUCACACACCCUACAAUUGCCUGAGGAGGAACAGGAGGGGGGAAGGUACAUUUUUUUACCUCGCUGACUGAUUUCAGGUUUACAGUGGCUGGUAGAACAGGAAGGAGAGAACACUUGGAUUAUAGCUUUUAUGCUUGAGUGUACUUCCCCCAGAACAGAGUACUAAUAGUUGAAUUGAUUUUAUAUAUGGCAAAGAGGCAACUAAGGAAUCAAGAUGAAAAACAAAUUCAAAACCAAAACCAACAGACACCCUCACAUUAUAAAAUUAAAGAAACCUAGCUUGAUUUGAGGAAGAUUUCUAUAACUCUGGAGAUCUGAGUUACAGAAAUAAUUUACGAAUAGCGUUAGGGCGAAUGCUGGGAAAAAAAUGGAUAAGGUUAGCAGCCAAAUGCCUCUAAAGGAAAGUGCUGCAAACCUAACUGUACUAGAGCAAUGCACUCAUAAAAUACACUGUGGAGAAGACUGUAGUGGGGGCUGGGGUAUGAAUUAAGUGAUCUGCUAGCCUUUUUCAUGUCUCAUCUCUAUCAAUUUCUUCUAGAUAGGAUCAGGAUGAAAGCAGGUAUGAAAUAUAUCUCAUGUUAUUAACUACCAUCUAUAAAAUGUAACAGAAGGAUGUUUGCUAUUAUGUACAUUUUGUAUAUGUAGUUGUAUGUACAGCAUAUAAGAAUGUAUAUAGUUAAUCAUAUUUUUGAAGCAACUUUCUAUCAAAUAAAAUGAAACAUUACUAUG